CUCGAGUGAAGCUGAAAAAAAUCUGACCAUUGAUUACGGAUUUCAUCCAUCCCUAACUGGCAACCUCCAUGUUGUUCAGGGGGAGGCGCUAGUCCGCAGUAGUUUCUGGAAGGAACCUCAUGCUUGCACCAUGGAGAAAGUUUCAGCAUUAAAGGACCAGGGCAACAAGGCUCUAAGUGCUGGAAAUAUUGACGAGGCCGUACGGUGCUACACCGAAGCCUUGGCUCUCGACCCUUCAAACCAUGUCCUCUUCAGUAACCGCUCGGCUGCCUACGCUAAGAAAGGAAACUAUGAGAAUGCUCUCCAGGAUGCCUGUCAGACCAUCAAGAUCAAGCCUGACUGGGGCAAGGGCUACUCCCGCAAAGCCGCAGCCUUGGAGUUUCUUGGCCGAUUGGAGGAUGCUAAAGGAACUUACCACGAGGGGCUCCGACAAGAGCCAAGUAAUCAGCAGCUAAAAGAGGGUUUACAGAACAUUGAGGCCCGGCUUGCAGAGAAAUCAAUGAUGAACCCCUUCGCCAUGCCCAACUUGUAUCAGAAGCUGGAGAAUGAUCCUCGGACCCGAGAGUUAUUGUCAGAUCCCAGCUACAAAGAAUUGCUGGAGCAGCUCAGGAACAAACCAUCGGAGCUCGGCACGAAGCUGCAGGAUCCCAGAGUGAUGACCACACUCUCUGUGCUUCUGGGACUGAACCUCUCUGAGAUGGAGGAAGAAGAGGAGCCCACCCCACCUCCUCCCCCCAAACCCAAAGAGACUCAGCCACCUCCACCCAAAGAGGAAGACCUUCCAGAAAACAAGAGAAAGGCCUUGAAGGAAAAAGAACUUGGGAAUUCUGCAUAUAAGAAUAAGGACUUUGAAAUGGCGCUGAAACAUUAUGAAGAAGCAAUCAAACAUGACCCCACCAACAUGACCUACAUUUCUAAUCAAGCAGCUGUGUACUUUGAGAAGGGAGAGUUUGAGAAGUGCCGAGAGCUGUGUGAGAAGGCCAUUGAUGUUGGCAGAGAGAACCGAGAAGACUACAGACAAAUUGCGAAGGCCUUGGCUAGGAUUGGCAACUCAUACUUCAAGCAGGAACAAUACAAAGAGGCAGUUCAGUAUUUCAACAAGAGUUUGACGGAGCAUCGCACCCCUGACGUCUUGAAGAAGUGUCAGCAGGCAGAGAAGAUAUUGAAGGAGCAGGAGAAACUCGCCUACAUCAACCCAGACUUAGCCCUGGAAGAGAAGAACAAGGGCAACGACGCCUUCCAGAAAGGAGACUACCCCUUAGCCAUGAAACAUUACACUGAGGCCAUCAAGAGAAACCCGCAUGAUGCCAAACUCUUCAGUAACAGAGCUGCCUGCUACACAAAGCUGUUGGAGUUUCAACUUGCCCUGAAGGAUUGUGAAGAGUGCAUCAAACUUGAACCCACCUUCAUAAAAGGCUACACGCGUAAAGGAGCUGCUCUGGAGGCCAUGAAAGAUUAUUCUAAAGCUAUGGAUGCGUACCAGAAGGCUCUGGAGCUUGACUCUUCCUCAAAGGAAGCCACAGAAGGCUUGCAGCGCUGUAUGGUCAGUCAGGCCAUGAGGAAUGACAGCCCUGAGGAAGUGAAGAAAAGGGCCAUGGCCGAUCCCGAGGUGCAGCAGAUCAUGAGUGACCCAGCCAUGCGCAUGAUCCUCGAGCAAAUGCAGAAGGAUCCUCAGGCGCUUAGCGACCACUUAAAGAAUCCAGUUAUUGCUCAGAAGAUUCAGAAACUCAUUGAUGUUGGACUGAUAGCCAUUCGUUGAUGAGAGACUGGAGCCAGAUGUGUGAAGAAACUCCCAAGACAACAGUGGAACAACAUGCAAAACCCUCCAAAAUUUUACAUCCUCUUUUCUUGCCUUCAAAUUCAAAAUGAUAUUGUUCUUAGUCUCACUGAGACUUUGUGUGUAUGUUAUGUUUUUUAAAAUUUCACAACUUUUACAUUGUGUGUAAGAACAGCAUCUUGUUGUCACCUGGGAAACUUCAGGACUCCAGAAAUCUUUCUCUGAAAACAAUCUGGAUUCAUGUGUACAGAUGCUUAAAUACAUCUUAAAAUAAACAUCACAAUGCAGUGCACCGGUAUGUUCAGUGUUUAAAGGGGAAAUCCACCCUAAAGCAGUUCACAUAUUCCUGUCACUUCAUGAAAGUGUUUUUAAGGAAAUGAAGAAUAGAACUAUUUCUACACUCAAAAUCAAGAUUGCAAUGUAGAUCACAUUAAAAUAGUCAACAUAACUUUAAUGCUGUCCUCUUGAAGUUCUACUGUCUGGUUGAUAUUAUUGUUUGCUCAUAUCAGGAAAGUGCUCAGUGUUUCCUUGGUUGCAGUGGAGAGAGGAUGAAUUUAGAGGAAUUGCCUUUUAGAGUCAAGGGAUAUUUGGCCAUGAUGAGAUUUUAAGGUUGAUCCUUAACGGUUUCUUAAAUAAAUUCAUAUGGCAAUUUAAACAGCCAUGUUAUUAUUUCUGUUACUCAAGAAUGAAAAGCUUGGAUUCAAAUCUUGUGCCAGGUGAAAUAUCAGUGUCAGUAAAAGUCACAAUAAUGCAGUUGAUAAUGCUCUGCUCUGUGAGCAAGAGCACAGUGAGUUUACCUAGCACAACAGUCCUCGCACGCUGUCAUGAUUUAGUGAUCAGUGUUUAUCUUUGUUAAGGAGGCAUGUUGAUAAUCGUACAGUAUAGUAUAGAUAGUUUUGGCUGGCUUCAAAUUUUCCCUUCCCAAACCUGAAACUAGAAGGCACCUGUGCAAAAUGUGACAUCUUGCCUGGCCCGAUUAUUUCCAGAUAAUAGGAACAAUGUGAAGGUCAAAGGGUGGAUUUACCUUUCAAAGCUAGCAACUAUUAGUUAAGUAAAGCGGGUCACAGGUCUAUCACUUCAUGAUGCAUCUUUAAUGUUUGUCAGCUCCUCUUAGAGUACUGAGGCUGCAGUACUACCUGUCCCUACUUCCUGAUGCGUAUUUCACUUGAGGCCAUUCUGAAGAAUAGUUGUGCCAGCCUUUUUCUGAUUUAAAUUGUAAUGCCCUAUAACUUAUUGGCUACGCACAAGAUGUUGGAAGUUGUCCUCCUACAACGGCAGACUGCUCAGCUUCUGUUUCCAGAGAGGCAAUACGUACAAGUGUUAAUCUUGCUAUUGACCAUUAGGCCACAUGUGGCUUCAGAUACCUCAGUCACCACAUUGUCAUAGUAUCACUGUGCUAUGGUUUCCAUGAGGGACUCAAAUUUGUUAGAAAUGACUUGUAACAUCUUUUGUUUUCUCUGACCUGUGACACAGCGCAGCAGAAAUGGGGUGUGGGCAAUGGCACCAUUAAAGUCCCAUUAUAUUCAUAAACUACAUACAACAAAUGUGUAACUCUCACAUGAUGUAAAAGAAACUUCCAAGACAUGUAACAUACGAAUGGAAAUCAGCUGUACUUUGAAAUAUACAGUAUCUGAAUGUA